AUGUCGGAUCACGAGGACGAUUCCCCGAGGCACGAGAUGCCUCAUAUUCGACUGAACUCGGGUCGUCAGGACCCGUUCACCGAGACGGCCGAAGGGUACGUUCCCGUGGCUACUGACCAUACGAUGACUAGGUCCUUGACUCCGGCCUUGGAUGUACCAGUCGCGGUUGGUGCACAGGGUAUGUCACCGUAUGGGGUAUCUCAUGCUCCAGAGUCUUCGGAGUUUUUGCUUCCCCCUAAGCUCCGACCUACACCAAGUCAUGAUGACAGGUCUGGAUCACCGGAUCGAUGGUCCAAUGCGCGGUCGAGUGUGAGCUCGGUUAGUCGGGACAGCAGAUUCCAAAUGGAUCCUUUUGAAGAUUCACGGGCUCCUUCGUCCCGCUCUGGCAGCGACGAAUACGACGUCAACACGCAGACGGUCUCGGAGAAGUUUAAUAUUAUGCCUACUGAUGGUCUUCUGCUUUUCCCCGAGGACGUGGAAAAGGAUGAUUACCUGCACAACCCAGACCCAGCAGACCGGGAGGGCGAGUGUGAUAUAUGGAAUCGCCGAGGGAUGAUGAAUGUCGGUGGUCUGGUUGUUCUGACACUUGGGCUGUUGGUUCUGUUCAUCGGGUACCCCAUUAUAACUUGGGUGGGAGGUAUGCUCAACCACAAAGUCACCUGUCGACCUGGCGACUUGGCUUGUCUUGAUGUUGGAUCUCGGCCUUUGCUCACUAAUAUUCGCCGUGGAUUGAUCGACCCUGAUACACCUGCGGAUGCGAUGACGAAAAAGAAUGUCGACGGCAAGGAAUGGAAGCUAGUGUUCUCGGACGAGUUUAAUGCACCAGGACGUACAUUUUAUGAUGGCGACGAUCCAUUCUUCCAAGCAGUCGAUUUGUGGUAUGGCGUGACAAUGGACAAGGAGUGGUACGAUCCUGAUGCUGUCACGACAAGUGAGGGUACUUUGGUAAUCCGCUUCGACGAGUUUGAGAACCACGAUCUGCAAUACCGAUCUGGUAUGGUUCAGAGCUGGAACAAGUUGUGCUUCAAAGGCGGUCGUCUGGAGGCAUCUAUCUCACUUCCAGGAGAUGGUCAUGUCGAAGGUUUCUGGCCUGGUUUCUGGGCCAUGGGAAACCUUGCUCGCCCUGGCUACGCCGCAACCACUGACGGCCUGUGGCCGUACAGUUACCAUGACGGCUGUGACGCAGGAAUCACACCAAACCAAAGCUCCCCUGAUGGAAUCAAUUUCUUGCCGGGCAUGCGUCUUCCAGGUUGCACAUGUCCAGGAUCCGAUCAUCCUAACCCUGGUCGCGCACGCAGUGCUCCAGAAAUUGAUGUGAUCGAAGGAAGCACCCAACCGCUCUACGGGCAAGAAGGCGGUCCCUACGUCGGUAGUGCCUCGCAAUCUAUGCAAGCCGCUCCCUUUGACUUAUGGUACAUGCCCGACUACGACUUCACCGCUGUGUAUGAUCCACGUAUCACUCAGAUCAACGCCUACCGUGGCGGUGUAUACCAACAAGCCAUGUCCGGCCUCAGCAACCUGAACUCUCGCUGGUACAAUGGCACCGAGUACCAAAUUUACGCUUUUGAAUACGAACCCGGCGACAAAGGCGAUGUCACCUGGUUUAUCGGCCCCGACAAAACCUGGACGCUCGACGCCCGCGCAAUCGGCCCCAACGGUAACAUUGGCCAGCGCAUGAUCCCUCUGGAACCCAUGUCAAUUGUCAUGAACUUGGGUAUGGCGGACAACUUCGCUCCCCAGAACAAGACCAUCCGCGAAUAUAUGCCCGCUUUCCUCCACGUCGACUAUGUACGCAUCUACCAGGAUCCCGAUGAUGUUAGCGUCACCUGUGAUCCACCCGGAUGGGAGACGACCGAGUACAUCGAGACUCACAGAAAGGCGUAUGAUAACGCAAAUUUGACUACUUGGGCGGAUGCUGGAUAUCACUGGCCAGAUAACAGUUACAUGCACGGCUGUUAA